AUGAAAAGGCAGGGGAACCACCUGAACGCCCUAAAUGACAUCAACCAUCAAAAUGAGGAGGCAAAACACAACUAUAUGAAUUCCGGUGUGGACAACCACAAGUACUGGCAGUAUAACACUCUCCUUCUUUACAAUGUGAUUAUGAUUUAUACGUGCGAAUGGCCCUCGCUCUUUAUCGAGUGGGUGCCUGGCGUGUGCAGGUUGCGUCGCGAGCAUAUAUUGCGCAUGUGUGUGAGAGGUGGACAUACGCAAAGAUCAUCCCAUCGAUGUGUGAUCCUAAUGAGGUGGAAUUGCCUCUUUGUUUCUUUGUUUCGUUGUUUCUUUGUUUCUUUGUUUCUUUCGGGAAUCACCACAGCGGGAAUCACCACAGCAGGAGUCACCCCAGCAGGCGCAACCGUAGCGGGCGGAGCCAUCUCCCCCUCGAUUGGUGCUGCCGGUGCCGAUAUUGCCUGCUCGAGCUCGAACAGCGCAAACUGCAAAGCAGUGGUACACCCAUUGAUAAAAUUUUUUAACGACAAUGUCCCUCUCCAAGAUUGCUGCUGGAAAGACAACAAUGUAUUGACCGUGUCGGAUAACGGGCACAUCCACAUUUACGACAUUAGGAACAAGAGUGUAGUGAGCUCCAUCAAAGCUACCAACUGCACUUUAAACUCCAUCGAUGUGAAUCCACACAAUAAGAACAUCUUCGCGACAGGAGGGACGAACAAAGAAAUUGAUUUGUGGGACAUUCGAUUCACUAACAAAUCCCUGCACCGAAUCAUAUCACACAAGGAAACAAUUAUAAAGCUGCAGUGGGACAAAUAUCAGCCCGGCAUUUUGUCUUCCUCCUCCAGUGAUAAGUACAUUUAUUUUUUUGAUACUAACAAAAUUGGCAUUGAGCAGACAUACGAGGACUCGCAGGACGGCCCCCCCGAACUCAUUUUCAUUCACGGUGGCCACGCCUCCAACAUCCUGGACUUCUCUCUAAACUCCUCCUACUCCAUGAUGAUCUCCUCCAUCAGCGAAGACAACACGUUGCACAUUUGGCAGCCCUCCAGGCAGGCCUACGAGGAUGCCUCGGACACAUACGACGAUACCGAAGUGGAAUAG